UCUUUUGAUUUCAUCCCACGCCUGUACUAUUAUUCUUCCUUUAUCCCAUAUCCUAGAAAAUCCCUGACUCUCCGCCUCUUACUUCCCCACUCUCUGGAAACCUAACUUUCCCAUUAGUUUAUGAAGUAAUCAUGAAGCAGCUUAACUGCGCCAUUGAUGACAAUAGUUUAACCUGUAUAUUCUGCCCAAUGGGUUGCUUUCUCUUUCCAAUUUUCAGCUGGGAACCGCCAGAUUUCCAUGGAUUAAUUGGAAGGGGAAGUGAGAGAUGAUGGUCUUUGCUAAUUAUGGCUGUCAUCAACUAACUCCAUUUACCCAUUUGGAAAGGGUACCUAAAACCCUCAUCCAAUCCCUCCCCGCCAAAUUUGGUAGCUUUUUCCAGCUGCAGAAACCCUUCUCCAUUGUUUUGUGUUUUCGGAGUGGACCCAUCUCAUAGUUUUUGCUUUUCUUAAAUUUGUACUGUCUUUUUUUAUUUUAUUGUUAUUUUAUUAAAGGCGGUUCCUUUGUUUACUAACAGUCCAGUCCUGCCGCUGGGAUUAGUGUCCAUUACAGGGACAGAUGGGGAUGGGAUUGAAAGUUCGAGACUUCAGUGGACAAUUUUUUAAUUUAAUAACAAUUUUGUAGUAAUCCCAUGUUUUUGUUUGCCAGUUUGGUUUUUCUAUAAGUUGGGUUUGCACCUGAGAGACUUAGUUGAGCUCUGCUUGCUUGUACUGCAGCUGAAGAAAGGUUAGUUUGUGCGAGAAUGUCUUCUUCUAGACCUAGUGACUCAUCAAGCAAUCCAGGGCGGUCUAGACACAGCGCUAGAAUCAUUGCUCAGACAACUGUUGAUGCAAAGAUUCAUGCCGAUUUUGAGGAAUCGGGUAGUUCCUUUGACUACUCGAAUUCAGUGCGUAUCGGCAGUUCAGUUGGUGGAGAUCAACAACCUAGGUCCGACAAAGUGACCACUGCUUAUCUCCAUAACAUACAGAAAGGCAAGACGAUCCAACCGUUUGGAUGCUUGCUAGCCUUGGAUGAGAAGACUUUCAAGGUCAUUGCAUACAGUGCGAAUGCUCCUGAAAUGCUGACCACGGUCAGUCAUGCAGUCCCAAGCGUUGGGGACUCCCCUGUCCUUGGCAUAGGAACAGAUAUAAGAACAAUUUUCACUGCCCCUAGUGCCUCCGCACUGCAUAAGGCCCUCGGAUUUGGAGAGGUUUCUCUCUUAAAUCCCAUCUUAGUUCAUUGCAAGACCUCUGGCAAGCCUUUCUAUGCAAUAACUCAUCGAGUAACGGGCAGUUUGAUCAUUGACUUUGAGCCGGUGAAGCCUUAUGAAGUGCCUAUGACUGCUGCUGGGGCGCUGCAAUCAUACAAGCUUGCUGCCAAAGCAAUUGCCAGAUUGCAAUCUUUGCCUAGCGGGAGCAUGGAGAGGCUUUGUGAUACAAUGGUCCAAGAGGUUUUUGAACUCACCGGUUAUGACAGGGUGAUGACUUAUAAAUUUCAUGAUGAUGAUCACGGAGAAGUGGUCUCUGAGCUUACGAAGCCUGGCCUGGAGCCAUAUCUAGGGUUGCAUUAUCCAUCCACUGACAUACCUCAGGCUGCACGGUUCCUAUUUAUGAAGAAUAAGGUCCGCAUGAUUGUCGAUUGUGGUGCGAAACAUGUGAAGGUGUUUCAAGAUGAGAAGCUUCCGCUGGAUCUCACAUUGUGCGGUUCAACCCUGAGAGCCCCACACAGUUGCCAUUUGGAAUAUAUGAAGAAUAUGAAUUCCAUCGCAUCUCUUGUUAUGGCAGUAGUUGUUAAUGAGGGGGAUGACGAGGUGAGAGAUCCUGAUUCUGUUCCGCCUCAAAAAAGAAAGAGACUUUGGGGUUUGGUAGUAUGCCAUAAUACAAGUCCAAGAUUUGUUCCUUUCCCUCUCAGGUAUGCCUGUGAGUUUUUAACUCAAGUGUUUGCCAUCCAUGUCAAUAAGGAGAUAGAGAUGGAAGAUCAGAUGGUUGAGAAGAACAUCCUGCGCACCCAAACGCUGUUGUGUGAUAUGCUGUUACGAGAUGCACCCUUAGGUAUUAUGUCACAGAGCCCUAAUGUUAUGGAUCUAGUGAAAUGUGAUGGAGCUGCCCUAUUGUACAAGAACAAGGUAUGGAGACUUGGAAUGACUCUGAGUGACUUUCAGCUUCAUGACAUAGCUUCAUGGCUCUCCGAGUACCAUAUGGAUUCUACGGGUUUGAGUACAGAUAGCUUGUAUGACGCAGGAUUCCCUGGGGCUCUUGCUCUUGGUGAUGUAGUAUGUGGAAUGGCAGCUGUGUGGAUAACUUCCAAGGACGUGCUCUUUUGGUUUCGAUCCCACACUGCUGCAGAAAUUCGAUGGGGUGGUGCAAAACAUGAAACCGGUGAGAAAGAUGAUGGUUCUAAAAUGCACCCUAGAUCAUCAUUCAAGGCUUUCCUUGAAGUUGUCAAGACGAGGAGCUUGCCUUGGAAGGACUAUGAAAUGGAUGCAAUUCAUUCUUUGCAGCUUAUUCUGAGGAAUGCUUUCAAAGAUGUUGAAACCACCUUGGAAGCAAACACCAAAGCAAUUAAUGUAAGGCUUAGUGACCUCAAACUUGAAGGGAUGCAAGAACUGGAAGCUGUGACAAGUGAGAUGGUCCGUUUAAUUGAAACAGCCACGGUUCCAAUUUUGGCUGUUGAUGUUGAUGGGCUGGUUAAUGGGUGGAAUACAAAAAUCGAUGAGUUAACUGGUCUUCCUGUUGAUGAAGCAAUCGGAAAGCAUUUGCUCACACUCGUGGAGGAUUCUUCGACUAGCGUGGUGAAGAAAAUGUUGGACUCAGCAUUGCAUGGCAAAGAGGAACAAAACAUCCAAUUCGAGAUAAAAACACAUGGUUCUAGGGCUGAUCUUGGUCCCAUCAGCUUAGUUGUGAAUGCUUGUGCAAGUAGAGACAUUCGGGAAAAUGUUGUGGGGGUGUGUUUUGUGGCACAGGAUAUCACUGGUCAGAAGAAUGUGAUGGACAAUUUCACCCGGAUCGAGGGUGAUUACAAAGCAAUUGUACAAAACCCUAGCCCCUUGAUUCCCCCAAUAUUUGGUACAGAUGAAUUUGGCUGGUGUUCUGAGUGGAAUUCAGCAAUGACAAAGUUAACAGGGUGGAAACGAGAGGAGGUAAUGGAUAAAAUGCUUCUGGGAGAGGUUUUUGGGAUCAACAUGGCAUGUUGUCCUCUCAAGAGCCAAGAAUCUUUCGUAAAUCUUGGUAUUGUACUUAACCAUGCCAUGACAGGUCAGGUGUCCGAAAAGGUCCCCUUUGGUUUCUGUGCUCGUAAUGGAAAACACAUAGAAUGCCUGCUGUGCGUGAGUAAGAAAGUGAACAGUGAGGGCUCAGUCACUGGGGUCUUUUGCUUCUUGCAGCUUGCUAGCCCAGAGCUGCAACAAGCACUUCAUGUCCAGCGCUUAUCAGAACAAACUGCUGUGAAGAGAUUGAAGGAAUUGUCUUAUAUUAGAAGGCAGAUCCGGAAUCCUUUAGCCGGUAUAAUAUUUUCUCGGAAAAUGAUGGAGGAUACUGAGUUGGGAGCAGAACAUCAACAGCUUCUGCAUACGAGCGCCCAGUGCCAGCACCAGCUCAACAAAAUACUGGAUGAUUCAGAUCUUGAUACCAUCAUUGAGGGCUACCUGGACCUGGAGAUGGUCGAGUUUACGUUGCAUGAAGUACUGAAUGCCGCUGUCAGUCAAGUCAUGAUUAAGAGCAAUGCCAAGAGCAUCCGCAUUGUCCACGAUGCAGCGGAAGAUAUCAUGACUGAGACGUUAUAUGGGGAUAGUCUUAGGCUUCAACAAGUCGUAGCUGAUUUCUUAGCGGUAUCAGUUAGUUUUAUGCCAACUGGAGGCCAGCUUACUAUCGAAGCUAAGUUGACCAAAGAUCAGUUAGGACAAUCCGUUCAGCUCGUGCAUUUGGAGCUCAGGAUCACACACGCCGGUGGUGGGAUUCCAGAAGGAUUGCUGAACCAGAUGUUUGGAAACAACGGAGACAUAUCUGAGGAGGGCAUUAGCCUGCUCAUUAGCUGUAAACUUGUGAAGCUCAUGAAUGGAGAAGUACGGUAUCUUAGGGAAGAAGGCAAGUCAACCUUCAUGAUAUCCGUAGAACUCGCCGCGGCAAACAAGAUGUAAGUCCUAAGACAAUUUUCAACGGCAGAUGACACAAAUCGUCAAGUGUGCAUACAACUUUUUCCGUUGGAUCAUUCGUGUUGGUUUUAACCUGCAAAUCCGCACGUCUGUCGCGCGUUCUUUAAAUGGUGUUGGUUUGUGGUGGAUUUGCAGAACUUUAGAGCAAUGUGUGAAGAACAAUAGAAAGAGAAACGGUAAGAGAUGUUGUACUUCGUGCUGAGGAUGAAGUUUGUAAUUGUCCGCCAUUUCAUGUUUUUGGCUUAAUUAUGUCUUGUUGUAAUUCGUCGACCUAAUUAAAUUUUAUUUCAGCGUUAUCUAUAGCUUCACUCUA